CCAGUCUAGAGUCCUCUCUCGGCCACCGUACAUACGACAAAAUUAAGAUAGUGGUUGUGAAUAAUAAAUAAGGCGUUUGGACUGUAAUCUGUGGCACUAUUGCUCAUUUUUCGGUGUUUGGAGAUGGAAGAUGAAUGGGAAGAAGAGGAGCAGCUGGUCGUGGUGGAGCUCUCUGGAAUAAUCAACAAUGACUUUCUGUCCAAGUGUCGGACCACAUGUAAGAUACUGGAUAUAGAUAGUGAAAGGCCAAUGAUGCAAGUUGGACAAUAUGUGUUUGCAGGCGAAUAUGAAGAUGCAUUGGGAACUUGCAUACUUUUUGAAGAGGCACCAAGAAAAGGACAAGCACACAGCGGCCCUGGCCUCAAAUACAUGUGCCACACUGUUAAGAAGUUGACGAUGCAACGAAUCUUUCUCACUGAAAAGAUGGAGGAUGAAACAAUUGCAGCAGGGGGACAUGAUGACAAACAACAAGAUACAAACUGCAUGUCUAAUGAAAGCAAAACUGACAAGACUCCUGGCACAGUAGAAGAAAUUCUGAACAACACAGAUUUGGAGGACUCUACAGUUGACUGAGAUAGACAUUUCAUAUUAUGACUUCUCUGUGUGAGAAUAAUAAAUUUGUCUUUGAUUUUUGGUUUUUUGCACUUCUACAGCAGAUUUUUGUUCUGCUGUAGAAUAAAAUCAAUUACUUAAUUUUGGAAGACACAGUUAUGCCUCCUCCUCAUUGAGCUUCAAAAAUAUCCUCAAACUAAUAGUUGCUGCAUAGUGUAAAUGAUUGAAUACGUUUUGGUUGAUGUCGGAUGUUUUUGAUGUUCUUUCAUGAUUUUUCUUUUCUGGUGUCAGGAUUUGGUGUAAGAGUCCUCAAAUAUUAUCCUUGCACCCUUGUAAAGGAAGCUCAUUACCAGAUGCGGAUACCUCUAUUUUCUAUUGUUUAUGUCUCUGGAAGAAUAGUAACAAGUAAAUAGUAACAAAUAGGCUAGUGGACGGAGGUCCCUCUAUAAAUUUUUAUUCCCAAUUGUGACAAUUAAAAUUUAUUAGACUGAAAUAGUUUUGUCUUUUGUGUUUAAAUUGUUCCAACUUGGCAAAUA